UAAUAUCAUUGAAUAUCAGUAUUAAUGCUGUUCCAUUAUGCAAUGGUGAAUAUCCUAACAUUAUAACUGUUAUUAUACUCAAUAUUAAUAAUGAGGUACAAGACAGUAACAGUAUAUCAACACAAGUUAAUGGUCAACUGAUGAUAACUGGAGUAAUAACUGUACCUAAUAAUUUAAAUACAUUCAUUGUUAAUGUAUCACUGAGUAAUAAUGGAGGAGAAUUCCUACCUACACCUUCUAUUAGACUUGGUAAAGCUGGUCCAGUUACUAACAUUGACUCUUCAAUUGACAACUGUUCUACUAUUGAUAUAACAUGGACUGCUCCUACAGUUAAUAAUAGAGUAUCUAUACUGUAUUACAUACUAAAAAUAUAUGAUGCUAUUACUGGUAGUCUAGUGGAUACUGUAUCAGUGUAUGACACCAGUUAUCAGUUUGAGGAUAAUAACUUAUUUAUACAUCGUUAUACGUAUGUUAUUACUGGAGUUAAUGAAUUAGGAGAAGGAAUGUCUAAUAAUGAUACAUUCUCAUAUCAAAGAGUACCAAGAUCAGUUGAAGCAGCUUCAAUUAUAAUAGCAUUCAAUGAGACUAGUGCUUAUGCUUCUUUUAAUAUACCAGUGACAUUGGAGUGUACUGGUGAGUCUCCUGAGAAUGCUACAAUUACCAUACAGUGUAAUGGAACUGAUGUUGUAUUUGCUAAUACAUAUUUAGUGGAGAAUACUCUUGCACCAAUGAAUAUACAAGGAUCUGUGCCAGCUCCACUAAAUCAACAUUGCAUUAUCACUGUUGUAUUUAGUAAUGAGGCUGGUAGUAGUGAACCAUUUAUACUACCAUUUGUUGCUACUACUACAUCAACUACUGCUACAAUUGGAACUGAAACUCCAUCAACAAAUGGAAGAAUUAAUGAUAACAUUGUACCUGUUGUGGCUGGUACAGUCAGUGGUACUGUACUAUUGAUAUUGAUCAUAUUAACGAUAUUUGUUGGUAUGAUAACUGCUAUUAAAAGAAAAGGGAAGGCAACAAAAGAGUUUGUACAUUUUGAACGAGCUGAUUCCAAUCCAUAUGAAGAAACUCAUCUAACAAUGAUUGUUCCUAUUACCACAUCACCUGCACAACUGACCAGUAACAGAUCAAUUAUUAUGGCCCACAGAUCAAUAGAUGAUGAGAAUGAUAACAGAGCAAUAGAUGAUGAGAAUGAUAACAGAGCAAUAGAUGAUGAGAAUGAUAACGGAGCAAUAGGUGAUGAGAAUCCCUAUCAUCUUGCUAGGAGUGAAUUCCUUGCUGAUAAGGACACCAUUCCUUUACACAAUGUUCAGGAAUUAACACAACAAGAGCCAUACCCAUCAAUGAACACAUCAGAAACAAAUGUUGAGGACAGUAUAUCAUCAAUAGCACCACUUAUUAAUAGUUCUGAGUAUGACACUGCUACUGCUGCUAAUCCUACUUAUGCUGAUCUUGUUAAAAGGACAAAUACUACUCCUCUACCUCCUGCUGCUCAAACUGUUAUGUAUGAUAAAGUUACUGGAGAUAUUAAUAAGAAAGGAGGAGGUGUCACUGUCUAUCAGCCAUCUGACAACAUUUCUGAUAUUCCUCCUCCUCCUUCCUAUGAUGAUACUGUUGCACAAGAACAUAGUGCUACUGUGAGCAUCAGUUCUCAGUUUGUAGUACCAGUAAUACCAGCUACUGAUGCUGCUGUGGUUCAUGGACAUUAUGAAAAGUAUCCACCAAUGAAAUAUGAUUAUGAUGUUAAUACUCCAGUAGAAGAUGAUACUUGCUCCACUGAUAGUAAGUAUUAUAAUGUUAAUGAUUAA